UCGUCGAAAACACAACAUGGGCAACAUGUGCCCGCAAAGGGAUCAGAACAUUAGUGCCACCGGAGGGGAGGAGCCUUUCCAGAAUGUGCCUGAUUAGGGAAGGCCAUGGUGGACGCAGAAGAGUACCCUGUUGCUUGGCCAGGUGGCUGCCAGCGCUCAUAAUCCUGGGCGCCUUGGUAUGGUCCUACCACGUAAUGGUCUACCAGAUCUGCAUGAAGAGAGUGUCGGACUACUUGACCAAGGGGCUCCUGCUCUUUUUCUACCACUGGCUGCUGCUCAUGUUCUUGUGGACAUGGUUUCGGUGCAUAUUCGUGGCUCCAGUGAGGAUUCCCGAGCAAUGGAAACUAUCUGCCGAGGAUGUGGACAGAUUGAGGCGAAACGACGGAGCAGAGGGAGCAGCUCGAGUCCUUAGUUUUGCAGCAAGAAAUUUGCCCAUUGCCACCUGCACCAGCGAUGGACUAGUGCGAUAUUGCAAGACUUGCUGGUUGAUCAAGCCAGAUAGAGCUCAUCACUGUCGCACCUGCCACAUGUGUGUCCUGAAAAUGGACCACCACUGCCCUUGGAUAGUGAACUGCGUCCACUUUCACAACUUCAAGUACUUCAUGCUCUUCCUGUUUUACGCUGAGCUCUAUUGCUUUUAUCUGCUCUGCGUGAUGGUCUAUGACUUGUACCUUAUCUGCGACUUUGAGCUGACUCACUUGAAGGAUCAGCAUUCCUGGAACGUUCUGCAGUACUUGGUAUGCAUUCUCUUCAACAUAUUCACCCUGAUCAUGUACAUUGUCAGCUUGAUACACGUAUCUCGAAAUCGCACCACCAUGGAAUCGGCCUAUCAUACAUACUUCUUCGCUGGCGGCAAGAGCAAUAGUGGUUUCAAUUUGGGCUGUUUUGCCAAUUUGCGAGAGCUUUAUGGCGACAAGUGGUACCUCUGGCCCUUGCCCAUCUUCUCCAGUCGUGGUGACGGAUUGUCGUUCCCAAUAGCCCACGAUCGACUAAGGAAAGUACGCGUCGAUAAGCAGGAGAAAGAUAAUGCGCCCAACAGAGCUCAGAUUUACAAGGAAAACGUGUCCCGAAUUCUCGGCAUUCAUCAGCCGCCAUUCAACGACGAAUAAGUUGUCACAAAAUUAAAAUUCAAUGUUUCACUUUUAUCACCGUACAAGUCUUAGUUUCCAUUUCAAAGCGAAGAAAAGCCCGCACCCUCAGACAAUUGGAAAAGUAGGGACUCCAUCUACAUCUUAAUUUACGAGUCACUGGCAAGUGCAUCGGCAUCGGACUCCGUCCGCCUGGCAACUGCAAUCCGCUGGCCAUUUCUUGGACCCGCUGAGUGGCCAACAUCGAUAAAUCCUCGGCAUUCCGGCUCUGUAGCCGCAUCGGAGUCGUUUAUAAAACGCUUAACAUUCGUGACAUAUUUCGCAUUUGGCCGCGCGUCGGGCGCAGAAAUUUAUAGACUUUAUCCAUUAGGAAAACAAUUACGAGUGCAAACAAUGGCCAAUGUGCGGUGUCCAGUGGAUGGACUCCCCGGCCAGCGGCGAUUCCUCGGGCACUGGAGCAUAUGUUGGGA